AUGUAUUUGACUGAUAACGGUGACGUUUAUUUUGCCGAUCAUAUCAACUUUUCCAUCAGAUGUCUUUCACCAUCAGGAUCGGUCUUUACAGUCAUCAGUACAGAUCCACUGCGACCAUUAGGAAUCUGCCAGUCAGUGGAUGGUGGACUACUGGUCACCAUGAGAGACAUUGAAUCAGAUCUUUACAAAUUAGAGUCACACAGCAGACGUCUGGUGAGACACAUCACAGUGCCAGGUGAUGUCAUCCAUGAGUAUGAGUACCAGGAGGACUGUCAGACCAGACUGUUUACAUUGCCAUUCAUAGUCACACAGAACAGUAACAGUGAUAUCUGUGUUGUGAACUUUAAAAGUCUCAAUACAAGUGAACUAGUAUUAAUGUCUCCCUCUGGUCGUAUGAAGUCUGUCUACCGUGGACAGAAUCUGACAGAAAACUUUAAGCCAGCUGAUGUAGUGUGUGACUCCCUCUGUAACAUCCUUGUUACUGACCUUUACAACAAACAGAUCCAUCUACUGAGUCUUCGCGGAAAGUUUCUGAAGUUCUUACUGACAGACAAUGAACUGAACCAUCCAGUCAGAUUAUCACUAUACAAAUCUACCCUGUGGGUUGGAUACGGGGAAGGACUUGUCAAAGUGUUUGAGCUCAGGUCGUAG